AUGUUCAACUCUACUACUUCUGCAGAACAACAACUUCCGCCGGACGCGUUGACGUGGUUUCUCGACGACCCAUUCAGGACAUGGAACACAACUAUACUCUUCAUCAUCCUAUUCUUCGUCCUGUGCGGCUGUACCAUCCUCCUCGGUGCUCGAUAUGCGGAGAUAUUCAGAUUCGGUACAAUUUUUGCCGACGAGCUUCCAUUGACUCUGGAAGGGAGACAGGCUAGUUGCCCAUGGCGUGAUGGAGAUGGAGGAGAUGUAGGAUGUUUACCCGGCGGAAACCUCCUAUUCCAAGCGACAAACUCGCAAGAUGACCACCAGUUUGACCUUAGACGACGUCCAGGAACCGCCAAUCUUCAGCCUAAUUACGUCGCGAUCGGAAAAGUUCGAGAAGGGAAGAUCGCGCAGCGACGGGCAUCAUUGUUGGAAGCCUCUAGUCGAACCAAACAUGCACAUGGCCACUUGACAUUGAAAACCCUGCCCAGUUCCGGGAACUAG